CAUCAUCUCUAGUAGCGCAGUACAGCUGACCCGUCCGGUUACGGUGGAUAACCCGUCCCAGUAGUUGAUCAGCCGCGACACUUGAAGCAUCCAACUGCAAAUCGAGCGAUCCCGACGACGACGAAAGUCGCGACGACGACGACGGUGUGGGAAGGAGGUUAUUCGGACUUUGCGCGGAAGAUUGUCGGUUGUGUUGUUUGAGUAUGAACGAAGGAUAUCCCAGAGUUUGCGCCGACGAUCGUUGUUAACACAUAUGCUGGACAUAUGUUUAGUGCAAGUUUGAUCGGUGAUUUCGAAGAAAGCGUUAUUAAGUGACGAAUUUAUUGCGUAGUUUAGUUAAACGCGUGCAGUGGGUGACGAAGUCAGUGCAUAACGAUCUACCUACAUGCACAAGUGAUUGAAAACCAACAAUAGAACAGUGUGGAAAGCCAAACGAGAACGCAGUACAGUGAGUGGCGAGUGAAGCUACGAAAAUAAAUCGACCAGAACUGCAGCAACAACUAGACUGACGGACGACUGACUGCGUCAAAGAGAAUAAAAUGCGAGCUAAUUACCCAAUUUGAAUAAUUCCACGCUGCGGAAGUCAAACUCGCUCGGAGUGAGUUUCAUCUCAGAGUUGUGUCGACGUCGACUGACAGUAGUGCAACAGGUUGUUCAUACCGUUUCAUGCUUAAUCCGAUCAGUGUUCAGAAGUUUACCACCGGCAAACCGCCCCGGCGUUGAGAGAAUGCGCCAUUAAAUUGAAAUUUAUCACCAGACGACCAGUGUGUUCAAAGAAGUGAAAACUAGAGUUUCAUGAUUGGUCAAUUAGUUAGCGCCUAAACUCCCACGAUGGAACGAAUCGCCCAUAUGCUGACGACGGCUCUACGACGGAUCGCCCUGCCAACGGCGAUGGUCCUCGUAAUCACCCUCGGUGUGGCACAGCAAAGUUCAGCCUACCUGGAGGACCGGCCACCCGUCUAUCUGGAGGCCAAAGUUGGAUCGUACGUCAUUCUAAACUGCCCAGUGGAUUUUCCCAAAAACGAUCCCAUCCCGUACGUGCUGCACUGGAACAAGGAUAACAAACCCGUCUUCACCCUUUACGAUGGCAUUCUCAACACGUACGAAACCUACAUUGGUCGAGUGACACUGCUGAGCAACGAUCUUGUCUACGGGAAGGCUUCUCUGAACCUGACGUCCAUACGGGAAAGCGACAACGGAUGGUACGAAUGUAAGGUCAUCUUCCCGAAUAGGGUACCGAACAAGCGCAACAAUGGCACCUGGUUCCACAUAUCGGUUUUGGGAGGAACAUUGCUCAGGAUCCCACCGGUGAAUUCAACCGUUUUGGAGGGCGAUCCAGCCUUCUUCCAUUGUACGGCGCAGAAUCCGGAAACUAUGUUCGUUGAGUGGUACAAGGAUGGUGUGCCGCUGCUGGAGAUGUAUGACUUGAUCAAUAGGUCGACCUUUGGACCGGACGGCAGUUUGACGAUCCUUCCUACUCAGAUGAGUGACUUGGGAUACUAUACGUGCUUGGUUCGGAACAAAGCGAAUGACACGCAGGAUGCGAGUGCCUUCUUGAACGUUCAAUAUGCAGCAAAGGUUAUAUUCGCUCCCAAGGAAGUUUAUCUGCCAUUCGGGCAACCAGCUGUGCUAGAUUGUCACUUCAGAUCAAAUCCACCGUUGACGAAUCUGCGCUGGGAGAAGGACGGCUUUCUGUUUGAUCCGUACAAUGUUCAGGGCGUAUUCUACAAACGUAACGGAAGUAUUUACUUCGAGAAGGUGGAUGACUCGCAUGCAGGACGCUACUCCUGCACCCCGUACAAUGAUUUGGGAACGGAUGGAGCAUCGCCGAUGAUCAACGUGAUUGUGCAGAAACCACCGUCUUUUAUCCUGAAGCCUAAGAUCCUAUACGUGACCAAGAUCGGAGGAACGGUGGAGAUGCACUGCGAUGCACGCGAUCAAGAUGGUACGCAUGUUCCGCAAAUCAGUUGGAUUAAGAGAGAUGGCAGUCUACUGCCCCAUGGACGGUACCAGCUAAACGGAGCUAAUCUAACAAUUGAAGACAUCAUUGAGUCCGAUCGAGGGAUCUACGCCUGCCAGGCAACGAACGAAGCAGCUACCAUUUCGGCAGAUGCGGAGGUCAUGAUUGAGAACGUAUCUCCGAGAGCACCGUACAACCUGACUGGUAACAGCUCCGAUACGGCGAUAACCUUGCGAUGGGCUCCAGGUUACAUCCGACAAUAUCUUGAGUACAUCAUAUGGUAUCGGUUAGCGGAAGCACAGGAAUGGAGAACGUUCAAGGUGAACAACAAACAUAUCCUGGAGGCAACCAUUACGAAUCUGUUGCCUGCCAAGGAGUACGAAUUUAUGGUGCUCUGUCAGGAUAGUUACGGCGAUGGAAUGUUCAGCAAGGCAUUCAGAUAUUUCACGAAGCCCAAGGAAUUCGAACAGCCGGAAACCUUCCAAGACACGCUGCUCCAGUUCAACCAGAUUGGUUCGCCAAUCAACCUAACCAUCGAGAAGCGGCACAGCAACUACGAAGCUCGUUGGAAACCUCCGGAGCUGGGUCUGGAUCAGCUUCGGUACUACAUUCUGCGCUGGUGGGUGGAACCGCAGCAUAAGCUGCACGGCAGCCGGACAACUCCCGAGACGACCUAUAUUCUCGAGGACCUGGACGAGGACGAGCUCUAUACCUUCCAGGUAUUUGCCAUGUCCACCACCAACUAUACCAGCGGUAGCAACGAGGUUGAAAUCUACAUCCAUCCCUACCAGAAGGUCAAGGUCAUGACCAUCGGAGGGGUGCUUCUACUGCUCGUUUCACUAGCCAUCAUCAGUAUGCUGUUGUACGUGAAAAGGAAUCGGAUUAGAAAGCUCCGGGAGGCGGAGAAUGUAAAGAUAUGAGGGGCCAAGCGUGUUGAGUCAAUGAAAAGGCAGUAGACGUCGUGUUGUCGAUGCAAUUCCAUGAUAGGGUUAAGAAGAUUUAAUUUUAUGCUAGAAUAUCAUGUAUAACUCAUUUGUUCAUAGGUUAGAACAAGAACGUGUCUGAUUUUUAGGUUAAGAAUUAAUGUAGAGUAUCGCUUAAUAAACAGUUGCAAUAUUAGGUUGUUGAAAAUGUA